AUGCGCUACUCCUCCGUCGCCGUCCCUCUGGCCUUUGCUGCCCGUGCCGCUGCCGUCACCAGUGAUGCCUGGGCCUUCGGGAACGGGUUCUACACCGGUCCCCCCACGAACGCGCACAUCACCAGGGCCACCUGGUCCUUGGUGCCUCCCGAUGUUCCCUCGAACGUCACUGUGAAGAACUCCGACGACGAGGUCUGGGUGUCGCUGUGGAUUGGCCUGUCCUCUACUGCGGGUGACUACGACGCCGAUCUCUACCAGCCCCUGCUGAACUGGUCUCCCGACAACGAGUCCCAGGGAUGCCCCGCCCCGGAUGACGAGUGGUGUGUCGCUGCGAGCACGUACACUCCUGACGGCCAGAAUGGCCAGGCCUACGUGACUGUCCCCUCGGACACCCAGGUGGACUUUGAGGUCUACGUCGAAAACAACAAGGUGUACCAGGUCGUCACCAUGAACGGCAAGACCGUCUCCAAGGAGAGCGACGCCCUCGACAACCCCCUCCUCUACCUCUACUCCGGAGACGAGUGCUACACCGGCUCCGGUGACUGCGGUACUCUCCAAUCCUACAGCUGGAACAACAUCACCAUCCACCUCAGCGCUGCCGACGAGAACUUCGGUGACACUCUCUCCCUGUAUAGCGGCUCUGCCUCUAACGGCCUCACCACCUCCGACAAGGGCAAGACCUGGCACACCGAUGCUAUCAAGAUCUCCAAGGACACUUUUGCCAAUGUUGAGGCUUAA